AUGGCAGACUCCUGGAUGGUAGAAAGCAGAUAUUCAGAGCAAUCAUCUCCAGUACUUCUUCACUACAUCCAAACGUACAUACAUUUCAAGAUGUUGUGUCCAAAGCUCUCGUACUCUCUAGCCUUUUUCUUCUGGGCCAUUGUCCUUGAAGCUGCGCCAGCAAUGGAUCAUCAUCAUCAUCAUCAUCAUCAUCAUCAUCAUCAUCGCCAUGGCAAUCACCAUCUUCAAAGCCUUCACGCCGAGAGAGCAGCACUUCUUCACCGAACGACAUUGCACUCGCACUCUCCUCAUGAAUCCCCCCAAAUUGUGGUCCAAGAGUUGCAGCAGCCCAGUGAGAGUCUACCAGCCCUGGUGGCACCUGACCAAGAACUGGAUGGCCAUUCCGCAGAGAGGUUGACAGUAUAA